ACGCGACUCGGCUCUCAACGUGCGGGAGCGAUGUGUUGAUUUAAGACAACGUGUGAAUUGAGAAAUAAGUAUUUUAUAUUACCAUAGCUGCCAGAAUAUUUAGAUUCUGUCAAUUCUCAUGAACAAGAUGGCAAAUACCAGUCUCCAGUUCAAAACAAAUUAUGCUGUUUCCAGCAAGAUUGAACCAUUUUACAAAGGAGGUAAAGUGCAGAUCAGCAAAGAUGAAAAGUACAUCUUUUGCACUUGUGGAUCUCGAGUCAAUGUUUUGGAGAUCAGCACAGGGAAGAUCGUCCACAGUGUUGAGCACGACGAUCAAGAGGACAUCACAUCUUUCGCACUCAGCUGUGAUGAUGAGCUGCUGGUAACAGCUAGUAGAGCUCUGCUGCUAAAGCAGUGGGACUGGAGGCAAGCUCAAUGUACUCGUUCCUGGAGGGCUAUUCACACUAUUCCUGUAGCCAGUAUGACCUUUGACUCCACUUCUACCCUCCUGGCCACAGGUGGAUGUGAUGGCACCAUAAAGCUUUGGGAUGUGGUGAAGCAGUACUGUACUCACAACCUGAAAGGCUCAUCUGGUGUUGUGCACCUGGUCCACUUCCACCCGGACAUCAGCAGACUGCAGCUCUUCUCCUCCUCCCUGGACUGUGGCAUUCGGCUGUGGGACCUUCGCUCCAGUCAGUGUGUGUGUGUGCUGCAGAGCCACUACAGCUCUGUCACCUGCCUCAGCUUCAGCUCAGAUGGGGACACUAUGGUCAGUUCUGGCAGAGACAAGAUCUGUACAGUGUGGGACCUGAAGAGUCGGAAAGCCAGCAGAACCGUACCAAUAUAUGAGGCUGUGGAGGGUGUUGUACUUCUGCCUGAGGAGAAAGACUUCUCUCAGAUUGGAGUGAAAAGCAAGGACUUACAUUUCAUCACAGCUGGCAGCAAAGGUAUACUGAGAGUGUGGGAGGCCAGCACGGCCCGUUGUGUCUACACCCAGAGCCUCACCCCUGUCUCUGAGGGGGAGGAGGAGGAAGAGAAGGAUGACGACCCCCGCAGCCUAACAUAUCUCUUUCACCUGCCCGUCUCCUCCAGACUGGCCACAGUCACAGCAGAACACAACAUACUGCUCUACCAGCUGCCUGGUCUCACCACACAGCAGCAGUUUGUGGGUUACAGUGACGAAGUGCUGGACGUCAAGUUUCUGGGUAAAGACGACAGCCACAUCGUGGUGGCCACCAACAGCUGCCAGCUGAAGGUGUUCGAGCUGCUCACCAACAGCUGCCAGAUUCUGUCCGGACACACAGAUACUGUCCUCUCACUGGAUGUGUUCAGAAAGGGUUUUCUCUUUGCAAGCUGUGCAAAGGACAGGUCAGUGCGUGUGUGGCAGAUGGACAGUGACAGUGGUCGGGUGCAGUGUGUGGCCCAGGGCUCCAGCCACACUAAUGCUGUGGGCUCAAUCACCUGCUCCAGGAUGAAAGCGUCUUUCAUAGUGUCUGGCAGUCAGGACUGCACCGUGAAGGUGUGGGAUCUGCCAGCAGACUUGACUACAGCUGGGGCAGAUUUAUAUCGGCUGAACCCCCGCAGCACAGAGAAGGCACACGAUAAGGAUGUGAACAGUGUGGCGGUGUCCCCCAAUGACAAGCUGCUGGCCUCAGGCUCCCAGGACCGCACGGCCAAACUGUGGUCUCUGGUGGGGGAGGGGAACGUGGGCCUUCUAGGCGUGUUUCGGGGCCACCGUCGAGGCGUCUGGGCCGUCUGCUUCUCUCCUGUCGACCAGGUGCUGGCCACAUCCUCCGCAGACGGGACCACCAAACUGUGGAGCCUGCAAGACUUCAGCUGCCUCAAGACAUUCGAGGGUCAUGAUGCGUCCGUUUUGAAGGUCGUCUUCGUGAGUCGAGGAACUCAGCUGCUUACCAGUGGCUCAGAUGGUUUAGUAAAGCUGUGGACCAUAAAGACCAACGAGUGUGUGAAGACACUGGACGCCCACCAGGACAAAGUCUGGGGUCUCCACGGCAGCCGCAAAGAUGACAAGGUGGUGACGGGCUCGGCAGACUCCAACAUCACCGUGUGGGUGGAUGUGACUGAGGUGGAGCUGGCAGAGGAGCAGGCCAAGCAGGAGGAUCAGAUACUCAAGCAGCAGGAGUUAUCCAACCUGCUCCAUGAGAAGAAGUACCUGAAGGCCCUGGGUCUCGCCAUCUCACUGGACCAACCUCACACUGUGCUCACUGUGAUCAAAGCGAUCCGUCAGGUGGAGGACAGUCGCGAGCUGUUGGAGAAGACGUUGCUGAAACUUCGACUGGACCAGAAAGAGUCGCUCCUGCGUUACUGUGUGGUGUGGAACACCAACGCCAGGAACUGUCAGGAUGCUCAAGCCGUCCUGCAUGUGCUCCUCACACAUUUGCCACCUGAGGAGCUGCUGCAGUACCAAGGCGCCCGACCCCACCUGGAGGGUCUCAUCCCGUACACAGAGAGACACAUGCAGAGGAUUGGACGUCUGCUGCAGGCAUCCAUGUUCUUGAACUACAUGUGGCAGAAGAUGAGAGUCACUGGAGUACCAUCCAGCAUGGGCCAGGAUGAAGAAAUGGAUACGACUCCUCUUGCACAGCCCUUCUUUAUGAUUGACAAGGAGAGAGGAAAGAGCAGCGAUGAUGAGGGCAAACAAGCUGGGGAAGACAGCGAUGGCGGACCAGAGGAAGAUCCAAAUUGUCCAGCUGAAGAAGAAGAAGAGGAGGACGACGAGGUCAGUGUUACCAAGAAAGCCUCUGCAAACGGCAGGCGACUAGAAAACGGAGACAGGAGCAAAACAAAUGGCAACCAGCAUUCUGAAAGUGAGGAGAGCUCAGAAGAGGAAGAGGAGACGGGUCAGGUGACAGUGAAAGAGAAGAAGUGUCUCCCAGUUUCUUCCACUCCACAAUGCCAGACGUUCGCCAGCUGACAGGGAUCUCCAGGCUGAUAACAGAUGACCCACUCCAGGAGCUUGUCUUGCCUCGGAUCAUUAGCUGAAGUGACAAACAGAGAGUGUGACAGUGCAGGGGGAGUCGCAGAGACAGGUUUGAAAUGAAGAUAAAACAGAUAAUAAGCCUCUCUGUGCAUACCCAGUCUCAGCAGCUGAGAAGCAAAGACUUUCUGUCUUGUGCCAAUAACUAAAUUGUGCAUCACUUCCUCCGUUCAAACUUUGAGCAGAAUUUGAAGAAACAUAAUCAAUCUGGAUUCCUCAGAUAAAAAUGGACAUUGUGGAGGUAAAGUUGGAGGGAAUGAAAGACUGAAGAAUGAAAGAGAGCUGCAUAAACAUCUUCCCCCACUGCAGAUAGCAGCACCCAUUGUCUGACUCUGCAAUGCUGUGUAGUCCUGAUCAACUGGUUCGACCACAACAACACAAAAGAUUCCUUAUACAACCACAGAAUUUUUUUUUUCAGGACUACAAAAGAUUUUAUAAUAAAAAAAAUGUUCUUUGUGAUUUAAAUUGAUUUGUAUUUUUGUAAAAUGAUACGCCUGUUGUUGUUUAGAAAUUGCCCUAAGUAGCAGUCUUAGAAAAGUCUCAUGCGAACAUAAUUGCCCUUAAACUUAAUUGCUUCACGGAAACAUGGUGGAAAUCCCCGCGGGGUGUGUUAAGGUUUUGGCUUUUUGGAGCAUAGCACAGUUAAGCUCAGGUGUGACACUUCAUGCUGUGUAACUUCAUUUUCUCAGUUAAUCAGUCAAAGAUUAAAUAAUUAUUUAGGAAUAAAUGGCUGCACAAAA